GCAUGCACACGUACUUCACGCAACUGGACAGGCAGAUUCUACGAGUGUUGUACAGAAAGUCCGCCCAAGCAAGGCCCAAGCACGCGGUCAUGCACUACACCUCACGAGCAAUGUUCACUUGCUAUCAAUCAAUCAUGACUUGUUGACCUUGGAGUGCCCCACUCUCUUGAGCACAGAGGCCCCAUGGAGCUGGAACUAAGCUUCCCAGCCUCCAGGGUGUGUUCAAGACAUCAUUGACGGAUUAAGAAACGCAGCAAGCAUGGCGCGUGUGUGCGAUCCCGCAGCUUCCGCACACAGUGUGGCGGCCAGUGUAGGCCGCAGUCAGCAAAGCCUGAAAGGGUGCUGGAUGGCAUCCUGCAACGUGACAGCUUUCGUCUCCCGAAAGGUGGAUACUCUGCGUUGGAGUAACCAAGCUUGCACUCCCACCAUAUAAGACCCACCUUCUCCCCCUGUCUCAUAUAAAACCCUCCAGCUUUUUUACCUCCCCCUCAUUUCCAAAAGAAGUGUUGCACACCUUCAACUAGAGCAGGUCCUUCCAGCUGAUCCCCAGCUGCAACCUGCGCCCCCCCAUUCCUCACCCGUGAAAAUGGCCCCCCGGACCGCCGCGCUCCUGCUGGCCCUCUUCGCAGGGCUGGCCGUCGCCUCCGCGCUCAAAGUCGUCGAGAUCGCGCCCGAAGUCUAUGUCGAGCAGGUCGACGGCCCCGCGUUUAGGGCUUUCGCUGCAACUCCUGCCACUAGCUGCCAGCUGUGCGACCAGUCCAACAACUGCUACCCCAACGCCUUCACGCCUCAGGUGACGAGCCUCACCUGCGGCGGCGCCUGCGGCGCGACAUGCACGUCCACGUGCGCGUUCAGCACCCCGCAACAGGCCACCUUGCCCAAUGGGCAAGUGGUCUUCGUCGUUUACUGCGGCUGCCAAGGGGCCGAUGACUUUGGCGGCUGCGGCGACCCUCACUUUGUGGGAAACAACGGCGUGGAGUACGACUUCCACGGUGUUGGAGGCAAGGAGUACUCUAUCAUCUCCGACCUGGACUUCGCUUUGACCGCCCACAUGAUUGGCCAGGAAAGCGAGAACACCGGCUUCGAAGGCACCUGGAUGUCCCAGCUCGGCUUCAUGUACAACCACGAGGGGGCUACCCACAACGUGUCCAUUGCUCUUCAAGAGACUGAGGACCGUGCUACCACCUCGGACGUCGCCGUUGCGUCCUUCGACGGCGAGAUUGUCGACCUCUCAUCCCCCCUCGACAAGUCCGGCCUUACCCUCUCCCUCGAGAACGGCGCUUUCCACGUCAGCAUCGACGGCCACGUGGAGGCACGUGUCACCAUCGCCGACCACAAGUUCCCCGACGGCUUCCACCUGGACUUCACCAUCAAGUCACUACACGUAACUCCCACUGUGCACGGUGUGUUGGGCCAGACCUUCCAGCUGUCUCGGGCCGAGAGCCUCAAGGCGUUUGCCGAUGCCGCCGCCGCGGCCGUUGGCACUACCAAGGCUUACUCCGACAGCGACAUCGUUGACGGUGCCGACGCCGACUACGAAAUCUCUAACCUCUUCGCGACCGACUUCAAGUACAACCGGUUCGUUGCCCCGGGCGCGGCCUUUGUGAGCGCGGGCCGGAAGCUGCUGGCGGUCCCGGUACAGACCGCCGAGGUACCGUUCGUGGUUAACUGGGCUGGCAGCUCCAUGCGGAUCCAGUUCUAGAUAGUUAACCUAACCUAGGAGGUUUUCUAUUCUUGUAGCAGAGUCACUCUCACUCGGGAGAUACCCCCGGUGCUUAAAAUCGCGCCCAAGCCUCUGAUUCGGUUUCUUCGGGUCCUGCCUUGGAUCUUUGGGUUAGGACAUUGUAGUUAGGAGCAUAAACCAGUCAAAAGACUGGGGCUGACGACAUCCUGUUCGGUGCUGGACGGAUAUCGUGGUCGGUAAUAGACACAGUAGAUUGCAAAGGACAACGUAGGAACGUUCAUCCACUCGGAUCGUUAAUCAAUCUCAGCAUCUGUACUGUUGUAAACAGCCGCGCGACUUGUAAACAAGCAACAAUGUGAGUACUGCCUUCAAAUGAGGGAUUUAACGACAGGAACUCAAUCCUCUCGUUAUAUCCCUAUUCUUUAAAAGGGGUACAUCGUGUGGUAAAAAUCACUGCGUGCGCGACAUAUGAUCAGCC